CCGCAACCCGCAGCAGCAGCAGCAGCAGCAGCAGCACCCGCAGCCCCGCUUUCAGCCUGCAUGGGCUACUCGGUUAGCUAGCUUAGCAUCGUCCGACUGCGCUGCACCGCUUCUCCAGCCGCCGAGAACCCCGGGUUGUUAUCUCCGUGUUUUCCUCUCCGUCCCACCCCCAGUCCUUGCCUGCCCACUGCCCGGCUUCAAGAUGAUGAAGUUUAGGUUUCGUCGGCAGGGCACCGACCCACAGAGAGAGAAGAUAAAACAGGAGCUUUUCGCCUUCAACAAGACUGUGGAGCAUGGGUUCCCUCAUCAGCCCAGUGCUUUGGCCUUUGACCCCAAGCUGGAACUUAUGGCCAUCGGGACAAAGUCAGGAGCCAUCAAAGUCUACGGGCACCCUGGUGUGGAGUUCACAGGACUACACAAAGACACCACCGCUGUCACACAAAUCCUCUUCCUGCCUGGACAGGGCCGCCUGCUGUCGCUGCUGGAUGACAACACAAUCCACCUGUGGGAGCUGGUUGCCGGCGCCCCUGGAGAGGUGGGCGGGGUUAAGAGAGAAGGCGUGGUCUGUCUGCAGGAAGUGGACAGCUACAGCCUCCCAGGAAGACCUGGCAUCGAGAGCUGCAGUGCCACGCGGGUGACAGUCCUUCUCUUGCUGAGGUCAUGCGAUCUGCUGUGCAUGGGAACAGAGGGAGGUGGCGUGUACUUCCUGGAGUUGCCCCGCCUCUCACUGAAGGACAACCAGACGCUUCUCCAGGAUCAGGUCACACUGAGCCUGCCAGAUGAUUACAGAUGUGGGAAAUCCUUAGGGCCGGUGGAAUCUCUUCAGGAACAUCCUCAGCAGUCAGGGAAGAUUCUGAUUGGCUACAGCCGGGGCCUGGUGGUCCUAUGGGAUCUGAGCACCCGUCAUACAGAACAGCUAUUCCUGGGCAAGCAGCAGCUGGAGAGCCUGGUGUGGGAACGCUCUGGAAACUUAUUUGUCAGUUCCCAUAACGAUGGGGGCUACUCCGUGUGGGCUGUUACUAAUGGCAACGUCUACAAUCACCAGCCGGUGUCCUCCACCAUCCCAUAUGGUCCAUUCCCCUGCAAGGCCAUCAACAAGAUCUUGUGGAGAACAACACAGACAGGCUCUCCAGUAUUGUUAUACAGCGGAGGGAUGCCCAGAGCCAGCUACGGUGACCGCCACUGUCUGACCAUUCAACAAGACAAAGACCACGUCACUUUUGACUUCACGUCCCGAGUCAUCGACUUCUUCACUGUCCACAGCAUAGAUCAAGAGAAAGAGUUUGAUGAGCCGUCUGCGUUGGUAGUGUUACUGGAAGAGGAGCUGGUCGUGAUUGACCUCCAGACCCCCGGGUGGCCCUCUAUGCCCACCCCCUACCUGGCUCCUCUCCACUCCUCAGCCAUCACCUGCUCCUUCCACAUCUCCAGCGUCCCCCCCAAACUCUGGGAGCGGCUAGUCAACGCUGGCAAAGCACAGCAGGGCCGGCAACACGCACACGGGAGUUGGCCCAUUUGUGGAGGUAAAAACCUGGCUCCUCCACCCAAACAGCAAGAGCUGCUAUUGACCGGGCAUGAGGACGGCACUGUGCGUUUCUGGGAUGCAUCAGGUGUUGCUCUCACUCCGAUGUACAAACUCAGCACAGCCAAUGUCUUCCACACCGACUGCGACCCUUGCGACGAUCCUCAGGAUGCUAGCGACGACCCCGACAUGCAGCAGGAGGAGGAAUGGCCUCCCUUCAGGAAGGUGGGCUGUUUUGACCCAUACAGCGACGACCCCAGACUGGGCAUCCAGAAGAUCAGUCUGUGCAAAUACAGCAACAAGCUGGUGGUGGCCGGAACUGCUGGACAGGUGAUUGUUCUGGGUCUGAGUGACGAGCGUUCGGACCACUUGGUUGACGUGUCGGUGGUUGAUCUACUGCAGGACAGGGAGGGCUUCACCUGGAAGGGCCAUGACAGGCUGGAGCCGCGCCUUAAACCCGCCCCCUUCCCUCCCGGCUUUCAGCCACUGGUGCUGGUGCAGUGCCUGCCCCCGGCCUCUGUUACGGCGGUGGCGCUGCAUGCUGAGUGGAACCUGAUCUCCUUCGGGACGAGUCAUGGAUUCGGCCUGUUUGACUACCACAGACGAAAUGCUGUGCUCGCCAGGUGUACCCUGCACCCUAAUGACUCCUUGGCGAUGGAGGGCCCCCUGUCCAGAGUCAAGUCCUUGAAGAAGUCCUUACGACAGAGCUUCAGACGCAUCCGCAAGAGCAGGGUGUCGGGGAAGAAACGCACCAUCACCACCACACCCACCAGCAAGGUCCAGGAGGCCAACGCUGCUCUGGCAGAGCAGGAGGACGUGGCUCCGAUACAGCGAAGGAUUGAACCCCGGUCAGCAGACGACUCGCUGUCUGGAGUGGUGCGAUGUCUCUGCUUCGCUGACACCUUUCUCCGUGACGGUACACACCAUGGCCCCACACUAUGGGCGGGCACCAACUCAGGCAGCGUGUACGCGUACGCUCUGGAGGUGCCCGGCGUCGGUUUGGGGCGUGCGUGCGAGCGGGGCGGAGCGGGCGAGAGCAGUGUGUGCGUGGAGGCAUUGUUGGGGAAAGAGAUCCAGCUGAUGCACAGGGCCCCCGUGGUGUCGAUUUCUGUGCUGGACGGCCGGGGGAAACCGCUACCGGACCCGUACGAAGCCUCCCAGGACCUCGCCAUCGCGCCGGAAAUGACCAACGCUCACUCUGUCCUCAUCGCCUCAGAGGAACAGCUAAAGGUGUUCUCCCUCCCCAAGGUGAGCGCUAAGACCAAGUUCAAGCUGACGGCGCACGAAGGCUGUCGGGUGAGGAAGGUGGCCCUGGUGGUGUUCAGCUCCACAGCUCAGGAAGACUACAGCGAGCACACACUGGUCUGUCUGACCAACCUGGGUGACAUGCACCUCUUCAACAUACCUGGCCUCCGACCACAGGUGCGCUACGACUGCAUCCGCAAAGAAGACAUCAGCGGCAUUGCGUCCUGUGUCUUCACCAAGAACGGACAGGGGUUUUACUUGAUCUCUCCCUCAGAGUACGAGAGGUUCUCUCUGUCUGCCAAGGUCUUCACUGAACCGCUCUGCUCUGUUCAGCUGGACCGACCGCUAGAGCCCACACCUGCCAGCGAUGGUAUGACGACGCAGCCUCAGGCCAACGGAACCCACAAGAACCAGAUGGGUCAGGCUGAGGGGCAAACAGAAGAGCCUCCGAGCUCCCUGUCCUCUCCCAUCCUGGACACCCCACUGGACUCCCCCCUCAGCUUUGCUGACCUCACCCUCGACUCGACCGGAGAAAUCACUGCGGAGGACGUCAGGGAUUUUCUAACCACUGUGGACGAGGCAGAGAAUAACCUGAAGAACAUUAAAGAGGAGGAGGGACGCUCGACUGGCAUCCUCAUUAACUGAACAGGGACCGGCGCGAAUGGUUUGGAUGGACUGGAUUUCAGUGCUGGACCACAAACAUCUCCCAUCAUCCCACUGUGGAGCCCCCAGCCAGCACUCUGCACUCUCCUGUUAGCUUGGCACAAACUGGGAGGAAAGCCUUCAUACGGACAAAGAAUACAACAUUAAAGACUCUUAAUUGUUGGUUGAGCUACAUCUUCUUCUUAUAUAACCACUUUGGAAACAUGACGUUGCCUCCCACAUGGAACUAGAGACAGCCUACCCAGCACGCCGUGGCGCCUGGAUGGACUUGGAGCAAAUGAUUCUGAUUUCAACCACUGAAAACUGAACUUCCCGCCAUCCAUCUUGGCGCUCUGUGUGGUCAUUCCUCCUUGGCCUUUCUUCCCGUGGUGAACCGAUGGUUAUGAAGCGCUCUCGAGGCGGAAUGACUGCGGCUCAGCCUUCGAGGAAAGCGCUGUUAACGUCCCGCAUUAGGAGACUUACCAGUGACGUUUCUGUGUUGUUUUUUUAUUUUUCUAUCCACAUUUUUUUGGCGUGCUUGGAUCGGUCUGAGGUUUUCCCCCACAGUUGGAACUGGAAUUGGCGCACAGUCGCCAAACGUUCUUGUUGAUUCCUCGUGCACACUAGUGGAUGUGUUGGAUUGUUUUGCACGCUGCUUAACACCACCAGAGCCCUGUGAAUGACCCGUGUUUAUGAAAUGAGGAUAUCCAGCAGAGACUGAAAGGGAUUAUUGUGAAGUUCAAGAAGACUAGGAAAUGAAGUAUUUUGAAUAUUUGAGUGUUAAAGGCUGUACAAUUUGCAUUCUUCCCCCCCCCUUCUGCCAUUAGGUACAGUUAAAUUACUUCGCCCAGUGUCCUAAGUGAGCCGUGGCGGUGCAGAAAUCGACUGUUUUGACAUCUGUGGGCCGAUAUGUAAAACACAAGCACAUCACCGCCAAGGUUUUAAGAAGCUCUCGGUCUACUCUCUUGGUAUUGAAGAACGAAGUACUUGGAAAUGAAGGCGUUUUGUAAUACAAAGAAUGAUGUUCUAUCACAUAUGUUUUGUAUGGCUUUUGGAGAAAGUAAAGAUAUUUUACUGACGAAAAGAAAGGGGGGGGAUGCAAGAGGAAAUGAUUCACACCAAUUUCAAAGGGAACCAACUGGGGAAGAGGGAAGCGAAGGCGGUACAAUGUAUGAAGGACUAGAGCAGAUUUUCAAAUACCUUUUUAUUGUUAAAUACAUGGCCCGAGUUGCAAAUAAAUUCUUUAUCUUUCAGUCAAAAUUUGAUGAAUUCAGUUUUUAUCAGGCAAGAGCUCAGAGUUCACUGUAAUCAAUGUUGUAGUUUGGUCAAAUCUUAAGGAUUGAAGAAAAGAUGAGCGUUCUCAGUGAUUAAAAAAUAAAAAUAAACAGAAGGUAAAGAAUGUGGUGAAAUGGAUGAGUUGUUACAUCCUCCCUCCUUAGAUCAUCUCAUGCAGAAUUCUUGUUGACGGGACUCAGGGAAGUGUGGCAAGGGAAGCUAAGUCAGUCUGAAUGCUAAGUGUAAUGUACUGUGUACUGUGAUGCACCCAGGAGAUUUCUUUUGUGGGUUUCUGUGAAUCGGUGCAUUCUGGGUAAUAUUGGCUAGAUGCACAGCUUUGAUCACCAGUAUUUUUAACCCUUUAAAAAAAAAAAAAAAAAACGUUUUACUGUGUAAAAAGAAAAUAUAUAUAUACAGUAUCUAUACCUAGGUUUACAGAAGACAGGUUUAUAACGGCAAGCCCAUGAUAGAGUAAAAUGGUCGAACUUUGUAGAACCUGUCACAGCCUAAAUAACCGCUCAGUAUUCCAGCUUUUUGAUCACCUCACUUAAAACAAAAUUUAAAAAAGUAAAAAGGGACCUCACUACUAACUAACUAAGCUCAACAGGUAGAAAUCAUGUUAAUGCUUUUUCACUUUUGUGUUAGCUUAUUUGGUGCUCUGGUUGACUAACUAAUUAACCCUUGAUGCUACAGCUGGCACGAUUUACCAUUUUUUAAUUCUACAGUUAAGAUGAAUUAGUUUCUAUUUUGUCAUUCAGUUUUGUGUGUAGGAUUUUAAUCAGGUCAUUUAGCGUUUUGGCUGAUGAAGAAUUGUGAAUGUUAAUAAAAAUGAUUUACUCUA